UCCGCCUGAGGAGCGGCUCCGCUCGGGGCCCUGCGAUGCGGGGAUUCGGAGUUUGAUGAAAAGCCCGGAGAACGCAAACGGCCCGGGGAAGGAGGGCGGGGAGCCAGGCCUGGCCAGAUCCUCGGGCCCCCGCAGGCCCAUCCCGCAGUUGAUUGUGACCCAGGACGAGUCGCUGCUGCUGGGCCCCAGCUCCGGCCCCGAGCGGGCGGCCGACGAUCAGCCGGACGAAGAGUGCCGGUCUUCGGACAGCGGCUGUGGCGGCUCCCCGGCUCCCUCGCUGCUGCUCCGUAAACUGUCGGGCUCUUCGUUAUCGUCCGCCGGACACUCGUCUUCCUUUGAGGAAUCCGAGGAUGAUUUCAGCCCCUCCAGCGAUGCCGAGACUCAACAGCAACGCCUGGGCCUGGAGGACAGCCUCGGGAAUAAGUCGUGGAAAAAACUGAAGACUAUGGUACACUGGUCCCCAUUUGUUGUCUCCUUCAAGAAGCGCUAUCCCUGGGUGCAGUUAGCAGGACACGCAGGUAACUUUAAAGCUGGAGAUUACGGUAAGAUCCUGAAGAAGUACUGCGAAUGUGAGCAUCAGUGUUUGGAAUCCUUGAUGAAGGAUACUUUACUGCGUCCCUAUGUGCCAGGCUAUUAUGGAGUGGUGGACAAAGAUGGAGACAGCUAUAACCAGAUGGAUGAUCUGUUAUCGGAGUUUGAUUCCCCCUCAAUCAUGGACUGUAAGAUGGGGGUGCGGACAUACCUUGAGGAAGAGUUGACCAAAGCUCGUGAGAAGCCCAAACUGCGGAAAGACAUGUACGAGAAGAUGAUUGCAGUGGAUCCAAAUGCCCCCACGCAGGAGGAGCAUGAGCAGAAAGCUGUUCUGAAGCCACGUUACAUGCAGUGGCGGGAGACACUCAGCUCGACUGCAACACUUGGGUUCAGGAUAGAAGGAAUCAGGAAGGCUGAUGGCUCCUGCAGCACAAGCUUCAAGAAAACCAGACUCAAAGAGGAGGUCAUGGAAGCGCUGGAAGAUUUUGUAGACAGCAAUCGAAACAUCUUGAGAAACUAUUUGACGCGGUUGAAAGAAUUGAGGACAGCGCUGGAGGGCUCCGAGUUCUUCAACACACACGAGGUGGUCGGAAGUUCUCUCCUCUUCGUCCAUGACAAGUCAGAGCUGGCAAAGGUUUGGAUGAUUGACUUUGGGAAGACGGUGCUGUUACCUGACCAUGGGACACUGAACCACAGGGUGCCCUGGGUCGAGGGCAAUCGGGAGGAUGGCUACUUGUGGGGGAUGGACAACCUCAUCAACAUUAUCAGCCAAAUGGUAGAGGGGUGACUCAUUCUGGCAGCCUGCGGGCCUUCCAUUCUCAGCUGGCCAAGUCUGCCGCUUUCAGGAUGACAUACAGCCCCCUAUGUGGGGAGUGAAGUGGGUUGGACUCUUCUCUGGAAACUUCUUUCCUUCCUUCACCACCUCCAACAAGUUCUGAAGCAUGUCAUGGUAACAGAGGAGGGAUGCAACACUCAGUUGGGAUGUUAGUCUGGGGUGGGGGUGGGGGGAGAUUUGGUGGUGUGGGAUAUAAAAUGGCUGAACAAAGCUAAGCCGAGGCCACAUAUGAUUUCCGGGAUUCAUGUGCUGUGUCUACGAUGUGACGUUGACCUUUCUGAAUACUCUGCCUGACGUCUGACCUCACUGGUGAAAGUAGAAAGAGGGAGUUUGAACUUUGAACCGUGGACAUUGCUCCCUGUGGGUCAGUGCAGAGCAGACACUGCAAAUGGUUCAGUCAGUGAACACUUUUUUAAGAUGGAACUUGAGCAGAGACACUGGAGAGGGUAGAGGUAUAUUUACUGGAUCUGUUCGAAAAUGUUUAUAAAGCUGAGGAACUGAACUGUCAAACCCACUAGCCUUCCACUGGCACUGAGACCUGUGACUUUUGUACAGACUAGAAAUACGUUUCCAUUGUUCCUUGAUUUAUCAUUUUUAGGACUUGUGCUGUCACCCAAGAGAAAUUCCUGUUGGGACACCCUGCACCCCCACCCUACUGCACUGUGCAUUGACGAUAAACUUGGGAGAGCCCCCGCCCCGUGCAGUGUGGUGGUGAACGGGUGGUCAGGGAAGAUGAUGUUGGGCAAGGGAAAGAGAAGUCAGGUGGAUUCAGGUGAUGGUGAAAAUGCUCAUUGAUCAUGUAAACACAGAAACCUUGUGAAAGAAAAAUUGUGAAAAAAAAUCUCUAAGUCUGAUCUUGAUUUGAAGUGGGGGAAGAGCUUGUUUAGCUGAGUAGGAAGUAAAUAGUUUGAAUUACAGAAUUCUUCAGGCUAUUUACCCAUUCAUAACACCCUAGUCUUUCAGUUUCCCUCUGUUCCUGGGGCUAGUUUUGCUACAAUAUUUUUCAUUCCUCAUUGGUUUUAUUUUGGAGUUUGAUUUGGGCUGAUACUCUGCUGAAAGUUGGACAGUAAUUCAAUCCAUUUGUCCUGGGAGUAAACUGGAAAAGUUUUUUUUUAUAAACUCGCAAAGAUCAUUUGUACCUUUAUCCAUUUAAGGCUGUAUUCUGCACCUGUGUCCAGUACUCUUGAAGUGGGACCAGUUCUCUCCAUGUGGAUUAGUAUGCAAGAAAUGCCUGCCUAACUGUAGAUACAGUAGAGGGGCUAGGCCAUGCUGAGCAGCAGACAAACAUGGAGUUCUAAUGCAACCCAAGUCUGAACCAGCAGAUUUAGAGUUACACUGCACAAAAUGUCAAGCCUAUAUCUCUCUUGGUAUAGUCCCAGUGGCGGCACUGAUUUAUUAGAACAAAAUCAAGUUGAGUUGUUGUAAAUAUUUCUGACCCUUCACUUUCUUCUUUACAGGAGUCUUUGCCUUAUGUAUAAGAAUUUGUUGUACUAUACAGGACUGUGUACACUGAAUCUUAACUGCAGUGUGUCUUAACUAAUUUUUUUCUCUGUUGUUUACUUUUUUUUACAUUUCUGAGCGAGGGUUUUAUCUCUGCUAUUAGGCUAAAUCUUGUGAUGAGGCUGCAGAAUGGGACCUUAAUCAGCAGAGAAGCGGUGUUGGGGUGAACCACUUUUAUUUCAAAAUCCAAAGUUUUUUUUAAAAAUUGUUUUAAUGGGAUGUGAGCAGGUCUGGCAAGGCCAGUGUUCUUCAUCCAUAAUUGCCCUUGAGAAGAUGGUGAUGAAUUCUUGUAUGACCAUCUUAUCCGUUUAUUGUUUCAUAAAAACUCCUGUCAAGUACGUCCUCUGGGCAAGUGUGUAAUGGGGCAGUGUUGGGGAGUGGUUUGCACAAAAGCAGGUCUGCUUUCAUCUAUUGGUUAUAUUUGUGAUUCUGACAGUGGUCAGAGUAGAGCUCUCCCUGUUUUCUCUCUUACCACAGGCAGCAGGAAGGAACUUUGUUUAACAUUGAUCAUUAAUAAAACAAAAGACUUUUGUAGUAAAUAUUUAGAAACCUUGUUUUCAGGGAGGCAGAAAAGCCUGGCAUUUAAACUGACCCUUAAAGGGUUAAUUUAGUCUGUUACACUUUGUGUUAGUUUUCCUUCAGGUUCCCACCGUCUUGUCCAGGGGAUAUUUAGAUUGAAAAGUUUGCUUGAUUCUGCCAGCACAUGAGUUGCGGUUUUGCAGUUGCCAGACCUCUUAGUGCUGUUCAGAGAGAGAGGGAGAGAGCCUUUGUGCAGCAUCUAGCUGACAGUGUGCUGCAUUUAAGUGGACCAGAACUGGUAAAGGAUGUUCACCUUGGUUAUAGGCACUGUCAAAACAGCACGGCCCAAUGGUCUGACCUGAGCACUCAGCCUUUGCUGUUUAUUAAAUGCUGCAGGGAGAGCUCGUUCUGCCUUCAGUGAAAUUUCCACCAGUUGACCAGUAGAUUUUGACAGUGCCAGACUUUGAGUGUCAUCCCACUGAUUGGGAAACCAAUUAACUGAACUGAUCUUAAUACCCAGGCCAGCCAUCUGUGCCUGACUGUCCUGCUCUCCCAAAUUUAACCAUAACUCCCCGCAAAUAGAGAGCCCUACCUUUUGUACGUUAGGUUGAAGUCUUAUCUACCAGCUCCCAAUACAUUCAAGCACACGUUGUUUACAAAGCUAUCCACGAAAAGUGUUAAGCCCCCUAUCCUUAUAUUGUUGUGUAUAUGAACAAUUGCUGGAAAAUACUGGAAUCUGCAUGUUUUUUUUAAUUUAUAUUGCAUUAAAAUUGUACUGCUGGGUGAAUUUGCAUAUAAUGUUAACUAACCGAUUCUUUGUCAUAAUAAAGUUGCCUCUCAUUGAGGAUUUUUACAUAUUUA